AUGGCGGAAUUGGAGGUGAAGGUGCCUAUUGAAGCAGGCGAUGGAGGGAUCAAGAAAAUUAGGAGCUUCCUCGCAGAGUGGGCAGCAGGAAGACGUUCGAAGGCACAGAAUGGACCCGUCACCGCAUCUUCCCAGCUGGAUUGGCCGGACUAUCCACCUCAGACCCCAGUUCCUUUCGUGUUGUACCCUGAUUCUGAUGACGAGAGUAGCCGCAAGGCGAUUUACCAUGUCGGGGGGCACAGAUAUGUAAAAAAUGCCAUAGAUGCGGUGGGAAAGGCCCCGAUGAAAUCUUUGUUGGCCAACAAUGAAAACUAG